CUCCUUCCAUGGGUCCAGUCAAAAGAUCCAAUUGAACAUCCAUUAUUAUAAAUUUUUUUAUUAUCUUUUUUGAAUUAAUACUCCCCGUUUUCCACAUUCUCUGGUAGUCAGUAGUCACCUACCUACCGCGAAGAGGACAAGCAAGGAAAGGAAAUUUAUGCCAAAAAAUUGAUUCCUUUUCUUUUUUUCCUGUUUAUUCGCGACUGGUAAUAAUGUACAGACUUCAGACAAAUUGACGGAGCAAGCCGUUUGAGAUUCAAUUUGUUUUAAUUAAAUGCACUGACUGUAGCUGCAAUACCCAGUGCAGCAGCCAUGGCGGCUUCUCAGUUUUUCUGCAAUUACCAUCUCGUCCUACCUUCGAGCAAUUCUUUCACUCGAAGCAGUCUCUCUUCAUUCAGGCCACAUGGGUCUUGUUCUUUUGAUCUGAAACUUCAAACUCGAAGAACCCCAGUUGUGAAAGCCACCCAAAGACAAUUUGAGAUAGCGUAUGAUCCUGAAGAAAGGAUAAACAAUUUGGCAGACGAAGUGGACAAGCAGGCACCCCUUUCAAGGCUCACUCUGUUCUCACCUUGCAAGAUUAAUGUUUUCUUGAGAAUAACCAGCAAAAGAGAAGAUGGUUAUCAUGAUUUGGCAUCUCUCUUUCAUGUGAUUAGUCUUGGGGACAUAAUCAAAUUCUCUUUAUCUCCAUUAAAAAGCAAAGAUCGUUUGUCAACCAAUGUUGCUGGAGUCCCCCUUGAUGAAAGGAAUUUGAUAAUUAAAGCACUGAAUCUUUACAGGAAGAAAACUGGCAGUGAGAAAUUCUUUUGGAUUCAUCUAGAUAAGAAGGUUCCCACUGGGGCUGGGCUUGGUGGUGGAAGCAGUAAUGCUGCAACUGCUCUAUGGGCAGCAAAUCAGUUCAAUGAUUGUAUAGCUGCUGAGGAGGACCUCCAAGAAUGGUCAAGUGAGAUAGGUUCUGAUAUUCCCUUCUUUUUCUCUAAUGGAGCAGCUUAUUGUACUGGACGAGGCGAGGUUGUUCAAAAUAUUCCCUCACCUUUACCUGCAGACAUUCCAAUGGUUCUUAUAAAGCCCCCGGAAGCUUGCUCUACUGCUGAAGUUUACAAGCACCUUCGGUUGGAUCAAACUAGUGACGUUGAUCCUUUGACGCUGUUGGAAAAGAUCUCACGGAAUGGAAUAUCUCAGGCUGUUUGUAUCAAUGAUUUGGAGCGUCCUGCAUUUGAGGUUCUCCCUUCUCUUAAAAGAUUGAAACAGCGCGUAAUUGCAGCUAGCCGUGGACAAUAUGAUGCUGUUCUCAUGUCUGGGAGCGGAAGCACUAUUGUUGGGAUUGGGUCCCCGGAUCCUCCACAGUUUUUAUAUGAUGAAGAAGACUACCGCGAUGUAUUUUUGUCAGAGGCCAACUUCAUCACUCGGGAAUCAAAUCAAUGGUACAAGGAACCUACUUCUGCAAGUACUUGUGGCUCAUCCCAACCAAUUGAGUGAUUCAAUAUUUUGUGAAAUUAUGAGAUAAAAGCUGCUAGUGUUGGAUGGGGUGAACACUGAACACCAGACUCACAAAUCCUGGUGAUUCUAGCCCGGAUUCUAAACCCACCCAGGUGCCCACUGGACAACUAGCUGGUAACUUUGGUAGCCUUUUGUUGUAAAUUAAAGUGAGCCUUGCUGCAUAGAACUCUUGUGAUUGUAGCAGCGUCAUCUUUUUAGAGUACAUUGUGAUUGUAGCUUGAAUGGACCAGUUAUGAAACAUAUCCAUGACAGGAUAUCACAAAUGGAUCUUGAAUGGCGUCAGCCCUUCACAAAUGUAAUGAAAGUAAAAUUCCUCACUGU